AUGACAAAACUAAAAAAAGCUGAAGAUAAACAAUUAAUACGGAAGGACUGGGUGGAAAAUGAUGAGCCUAGAGAGACUUGGACCCGAAAAGCUGAUUUUUUGUUAUCUGUAAUUGGCUUUGCCGUCGAUUUGGCCAAUGUUUGGCGCUUUCCGUAUUUAUGCUUCAAAAAUGGUGGAGGAGCCUUCUUAAUACCGUAUACAUUAAUGGUACUUUUUGCUGGUGUGCCAUUGUUUUAUAUGGAGUUAUCGCUUGGCCAAUAUUACAGAAAAGGAGCAGUUACCACCUGGGGCUGGAUUUGUCCUCUUUUCAAGG